AUGUCUCAAUAUUGGUAUCUUGCAUUUGUAUUCAAUGGAGAGAGUCCCCUUCUUGAAUUUAGGUUCACAUAUACAACUUGUCUUGUCGAUAUGAAAUCCAUAUUAGAUAAUCUCUUAGGAUACCCAGACAAUCAAAGGAUUGUAAAACUCUAUUACCGUUCACCGUUGAUUGACAAUGAAAGGGAUAUACAAUUCAAAAAGUUUGAGCUGAAGACGAAUGUCGAUUUAACGAUUAUGUGGAGUACAUGUCAUCGUUACGAAACAAAGGGUCCGAUCGAGAAGAACUACAAGAUUAAGGAUUGUGAAGACUGCAAGAUUGAGCGACGAUAUUCUAAAAGGUGCAACAACUAUGAUGAAUAUAUUAAAUCAGAAUUCAAGGUCAAAAUCGGGGUGAAUAAUGCUGGUGUUGUUGGGGGAAUAGUGAAUGGUGAGAAUGUUGUUAGAAAGAUGAGAGGUGAAAUAUCUGAUUGGAAUAUAGUAGUUUGUCAAAAUUAUGAACUAACCAAAGAAUGUGUUGAAACAAACUUCUUUGGUGCUGAAAGAGUAACUGAAGCUCUUCUUCCCUUGCUCCAACUAUCUACUUCUCCAAGGAUUGUCAAUGUCUCAUCUAGAUCUGGACAAUUGAAGUGUGUGCCAAAUGACUGGGCAAGAGGAGUGUUUGAUGACAUACAAAGCCUCACAAAUGAAAAACUUGAUGAAGUGCUCAGAAUGUUUCUGAAAGAUUACAAAGAAGGAGCAUUGGAAGACAAAAAGUGGCCAACAUUUCUUUCUGGUUACACAAUGGCAAAAACAGCUUUGAAUUCAUACACAAGGUUGCUAGCAAUGAAGUUUCCUAAUUUCCGCAUAAAUUGUUUAUGCCCUGACUUUGAUAAGACUGAUAUUAAUGACAAUACUGGAUUUUUAAGCAUUGAUGAAGGUGCAGAAUAUCCUGUGAAGCUAGCUUUGUUGCAAGAUGAUGGUCCAUCUGGUCUAUUUUUCCUAAGGGGUGAAGUCAUUUCUUUUCAAUAA